AUGCCGUCGCGGAUAUUAACAUGGGAGGACCGAACGUGGUAUUCUCCCAACUGCCUCAGGGACAUUAGAAUCAACCUCGAGGAAACGAGAAACCCGUUCCAAGAAGUAACAAAGGCCGGCCGUAAGAAAUCCAAAUAUCGUGACUUGCUCCUCGAACCUCGUCCUUGGGACAUGGCGUUCGGGUGGACGUCAUUUCUUCCAAUGCAGCCCAAUUUUCGAGGAUAUCCUUUCGAUUGGCUCAACAUCAUCCCGGACCCCGUCCCUGAUGACAACAACGCAGACAAGAUUAGAAUGCCGUCAGAUAUGAUGGAAAUCUGGAAAUGGAUAGAGCGAGAGCUCUACAAGGCAGUUACGAAGCUCAAGUCAUCCUACGAAAUCCCGAUGGUCCUGCCAUUUAUGCCCUGGGCUCACGGGUAUUGCUGGAAGUUCAACGCGUCGGACAAGCCCAGAUAUUUUAAGUGCCUCAAGGCGUCUCGCGACUGGUUUGCGGUCUGGAUGGGUGCAUUGUCGUACCUCACCGCCAUGGCCCGAUGGAAGCAGGAGAAAAGGUUGUUUAAUGGGUAUCAUGGGAUGCCACCUUGGCACGAAGUACUGGUCGGACAUGUGGACCCAUCGUUUCUCGACCAAAUACACAACACGCAAAUCCUCGAUUACUCCUGCAACUGUCCACGGCUAGGAUCCAUCCUUCCUUCUCUUGCAUUUCACCCCGAUCAGCCACCGCCGCUUUGGUUCGAACAUUUCCACGUUCCCAUCUGGUACCCCUACGAUGACCAUACGAAACGCACUCCACCUCCGCGCCCGGCCAUCGCUCUUCCCCCGGAACCCGCCGCCAGUAGUCGACAAGCACCAGUCGAUCCACUCGCGGCCAAUCCACCUCCUCUAGAAGCCGAAGCUAUCCCAAGCUCGCAGCCACCUGCUGUUGAUAUACAGCCAGCGGGACGGCCUGCUUGGGAACUUCAUUUCGAACGUCAUGAACAACUACAUCGCAGGAUGAUGGAAAGGGAGACCCCGAAAGAUCGCCAAAGACGCGAGGCUCGUGCAGCCAACCCAGCCUAUUCCAAUGUCCGGGUUUUCGAAUGGGUCCGCUCCGACGACGACAGUCGAGUCUGGCAACGGCAGCCAACCACGAAAAAAUACAGCGCAGAGACCCUGUCCAGGUAUCGGGCCAACCAGAGGAAGUACGAUCCGUUCUGUCAAGAAUGGGAUUGUUGUGAUGAAUGGGGAGAAUCGAGCGGACCAUCUCAACAUGAGAGGGUUGUGAUAGUUGAAGGCGAUUCGGAUGAUGACUCUGACUACUUCGAGAAUUACUUCACCCCUUCCGUCCCCCAACCCAACAAGACCUCUACUUCGAGUGGCGAGCCUGUAGACGACAGCGACGAAGGUACUGAGGAAGUGAAGGCCUCGAAAUUGCCUCGGCCCACCUCACCCACUUCCAUUGGCACAAGCAACGACUCCGCCGACACAUUCCCCUCUUCCCCUUUCGACGGCUCACAUGGUAACAUCUUCGAGCCCUUGCCUCCUAUUUCGAAUGCCGUUCCUACCCUGGUCCGAAACGAAGAAAACGUGACCAUUUAUUAUGUUGAUCCUUGGGAUAGACUCGCCGCCAGCUUGCAGGAUGAAGUCUCUAGGAUUCUUGGACUGUUCUACGGAUUCGUCCCUCCCCUUCUGACGGACCAAGCGAAUAUGGAGAAUUUGGCUCGCGCUCCUCGAGGGCUUUUCCUGCGUUUGGUGGGGAUGGCGAAGGACGAGGACCGGCCUGAGGCAUACUUCAACACACCCCACUUUGCAGCCGCCAUCUCAUUCGUCCAGGCCCUCAUGCAAGGGAAGCUCCCACCGCAAUCAACCUGGGACCUCAAAAAUGACAAUGUCAAAUGCUUGAAGGUCACUUCUUCAGUGAAGGUUAUCAGCAUCUACACUCUUUCCCCUGACGAGAAGAAAAGAGCAGACAUUGGAGAAGGGGAUUCAGUGGAUCGGCUGUACUUUUUCGACCCCCCUCACUCUCCCGUCCCUUGGAAGCUUGCCGUCCGCAAUGCUCAUGAUGCGCUAUUGGUCGCGCGACUUCUUGAGACGUCAAACAUCGUUGAUACUGCCAUGAGCCUGGUAGAGCAGGGUGUCUCAUUCAAGAUAUUCCUACCUAGGCGCAUGCUCGUCCCUCGCCGCUACAAAUGCCCGAUCGUCCACCGCCUGCCCACCAGGAAACGGGAACAUUAUUUCACCCAGGAAGACUACGAGAGCUACAUCCAUACCCGGACCGUCCUGCUUCAGAAACCCAAUAUGCAGGCGGCUCUGCGGCGCGGUGGCAUGGUUUGGAGGCUUGCGAUUGCUACUCUCGGCUUAUCCGAUGCCUUGAAGCCCGCGACAGGCUGUGGGGCCAUGAUGUCUGUUCCACUUGACGGUUCUUGUGAUCUUGUAGAGGAUGGGCUUACCCUUGAUGAGUUGGAUCUCUUGUGCGGGGCCUACGAAUGCAUUGACCAGGAUGGACAGGUUGCGUUAAAAUCUUGGUGGCCUUUGACGAGAUACUAUGAGAAAGAAGAGUGUGGAGAAAACUACGGACGGUGGUGUCAACGCAGGGAGAGAUGGUACUUGAACAGGCUUGAGAAGAUUGAAAAAUCGGAGGCCCAACCGCUCACAUACACCGAAUGGAAGAGUAGUCAAAGAGGGCACCCGUCUAUUCGCAAGUUUCACAAGGCAAUCGAAUCCCGCAGCGCCGAGUUCAUUGCCGAUCUGCUCCGUACAUAG